UUCCACCACAUCAAUUUCGCUAACAUUCCUUAGUCAAAUCAACACACAAGUAUUUUGUGUGUGGUAGCCCAAACCGAACUAUUCUUUCUUGUUUUACUAGAGUGGGGUACUUCAUCAAUAUACCAAAAUGAAGUUUGGGAAAGAAUUUGCAUCCCAAAUGGUGCCGGAAUGGCAAGAGGCGUACAUGGACUACGAUUUUCUGAAGACCCUUUUGAAAGAAGUCCAACGUUUCAAGCUAAGAAGCAGGCCACCGGCGACUCCGGGUGGCCUGAAGAGAAAGAUGACAAUGUACAGAGCUUUCAGUGGCCUAACACAGAGGCAGCAAAAUCAUCCAAGUCCCUCUUCUAAUGACAUCGAAAGCCAAGCCAUCUUCGUGAAUCUGGAAGCUGGACGAAGAGUUCAAUAAGGUGGACAAGUUUUACAAGGCUAAGGUCCAGGAGGUGGUGAAGGAAGCGGAAAUGUUAAAUAAGCAAAUGGAAG